AGAAAAAAUUAUGCCAAAAUAAUCUCCUUAGAAAUAUAGAGUUGGUUCACCAAAAUAAUUCAACCAUGAAAAAGCCAAAAGAAAGGCUUGAACAAAAGUUGGAGAUUCCUGAAGGUUUAUUGGAACCACUAAAAGAUGUUCCAGAAAACUCAGAAUGUGCAUCCAUUGCAAAGUUACUGUCAAUGAUCACGGAUUUCAAAGAUGUAAAUAAGCAAGUGGCUAGUAUGAAAAAGGCUAUUGUUGAAUGGAAGAAACUGUUACCAAACUCCAUAAAGCCUGCAUUAUCAGGACUAUUUAUUAAAGUGUUAUGCCAUAUGUUUAUGCAAUGUGAUGCAAAAAACCCCUGCAGAAGAACUAUAGCAAGUUUUUUUCAAAGUUUACCUGACCGUGCACAGGAAGAGGCCUUGGAACAGCUUAACCAGAUUAUGUUAGAGACGUUUAACCGUCAGAGAAGUAUUUCUGAUAGAGCUGAAAAGGUUGUUGAAAAUGUAAAUCUCAGGAAACAUGUAGAUACUAUUUGCUCCUUGCUGGAAAAUUUUCCAUUAGGAGAAAGAUGUGUGUCACUGAGCGUCAAAGAGGUACUGAGCUUUCUGGUUGUGGCACUGGAGUGUCAAGUUGUCACAGAAAGUCUCGUUGGAACCCCCACGUUGCAAACUGCCGCCAUGUUGGAUUGUCUUGUUACAAUUAAAGCCACGAUCAACGUUCUUCAAAAAUGUAAAGAUUUUUUAGCCGAAUUGUUAAGGAAAGAUGACGCAUUGAACUCAUUUCUUCAACGAUUUGCCAAAGUAAUUUUUGGUGUCCUCAAAAAUGAUGUUUUCUUUCCUGACUGUCGUAGUGCUGCUGGUAUGGCAUUCCCGUUGGUCGUAAGAACGAGCACAACUCAAGAUUUGGUUGUUCAAUGUAUCGUGUGUCUGUUUUUUCCGUCUUACAUGACGAUUGAGAAACUUUCUGCUGAUAAAACUCUCUCAAAUAAUUUGAUACUCAACGGUUUUGAACCACAAGAUAUCACCGAUAUGAGUGGUUUCUCCUAUCUAAGCAUCUGUCAUGGUGUAAUUACUAUGUUGACGAGGGACUCCCUGGUGACACAACAGAAGUUUAUUCACUGUGCGGCUGCAGAAAUGGCGGGAAAUCUUUUACUUGAUGUAUUAUUUCCAGAAAUAACAUCGUUAUGUCUAAGGCUGAAAGACUCGAGUACGGUCGUAGCUCUACGAACAUUAGCCUACUGGACUAUGGAAGUCAGGAAAUGCGUCUCAGAUUCCACUGUGGAAGACUGCUUUAAACGCCGCAUGCGUGAAAACUCUGACAUCAUCCAGAAAUUGCUAAAUUUAGUAUGGAACUUUUGGGAUCAUCCACUGGAGGCGAUGCGGUACCACACACGAGAAAUAUUCGAUAAUGCCAUUAAUAUACACAUUAAUGGUGCUGGGAAUGAACCGGCGUGCGAUCCAUUCAUAGCAGACUUGUCGAAGAAAUUAUGUGAAGUAAACAUGUUCGUACGCGGAAAGUAUGGUCCUCUGUGUUGUCUACUUGAUGUGGUUGGUGCUCAAGCUAUGUUGGAAAUUCACCCAAGUAUCCCUAAAGAUGUCAUGACAGUGAUGAGUGAUCAGACCGUAGUACCCCAUGCAAUGGAGUUUGCUGAGAGGAUGUUCAUCAGUCACCUUCAACAAAUAUCAAAAACAUCUCCAGACUAUUUAACUGAUUGGUUUGAGUUGUGGGUGGUUCCUGCUCUGCGUAGUUUGUCAUCAAGUGAAAAGCAUGUGAGAAAGCACAUUGCCGAGUAUUAUGUUCCAUCGUUGUUAAAAUGUUGUCCGGAAUGUUUGGGUCACAUCAUAAAAAGGCUGCACGCGUCAGAACCGUCUUCUGAAGAUGAGUUCAUUUUGGACAACGUUCGCUGUCUUGCGACAAGUCUCAAGACUGCCAGACAUCUUGGCUUGCUACCAAAAGCUGAUAUACUUUCCGAAGACGAAAGCACAUCUAGUGAUCUCUGGCUAGGAUCUGUCUCUUUGGCUGUUUUAGAAAGAGGUUUAUGUCAUUUGGAUGAUGAGAUCCGCUCGGACAUAUUAGGUUUGAUAUGUGACAGCGUCCGGACCACAGAACCUCUUACUGCUCAAGAUCUUGAGCUGUUAAGAAAAUUCUAUCCCGUCAAUAUGAACAGUCAGUCCCCGUCGUUUCGCCAACGUGUCAUUGCAAUGACAAAAAAGUUGUUCAUUCGUGUGAGAGAUGGCGGUCGAUCAUGGAACAGAAAGUUAUUUGAAGCAAAUCCUGUUAAAUCGGACAUUUUGACUACGCAAGUUAAACUUUACAUUGAAUUUCUCGAAUGGUUCGCAAAGCUUCAAUUUCAAUCAUUAUUUCCCGGAGCCUCAUUUGCUAGAAGAACCACAGCUCUGCAAAAUCUUCAAUUGUUCAUACAAAUUUUUCCUAAUAAUGAAGAAGAUAAGUUCGCUAUUUUCGAUGGUUAUAGAAUAUUCAACUCACAAACUGUCCAUGUUUUACUGGCUUGCAUCACUGACUCGUACGAUAUCAAUAAACAAAUGGCAUUUGAUUUACUUGUUGCCUGUCCAACCUCCAUUCAACCAUUCCAGAAUACUGAUUAUAUCCUGAAGUGGAUGACAACAGCAACGCAGUAUGCAAUCAGCCCUAAAGCAAUCAACGUCAGCACUGCAGCUUUCAUGUUUAAAAUACUUAUCCGGAAGUCAUCGUACAGAAUAGAUUUACCUCUUAAUUUAGAACAAUACCAAAGAACAAGUGAUCCACUUUUAUUGACCCCCGCUAUUUCUCAAGGAAGCUGUGCUUACUCUGAUGGUGUUAAUAAAAGCAGCGACGAAGAAUCCUCGAUGAUGCCUUCCGCAUAUCAACUUAACCUAGUCGACAACAAAGAAGAAACAACUCUCCCAUAUGCCCAGGCUUUCCGACUUCUUUCUCAGUUUGUGAUGGUUUUAAAAUAUCAGGUCGAGGUGGCCCGCAAGAGCUUACUUCGAGCUGCGUUUGAAGCUCCUAUUCAUGGCCUACUUUACUGCAUACGGGAAGUCUUAUGUGAUCUAGAUCUAAGUGUUAUCUCUGGGGACACGAAGUGGCAAGCUUUAGUUUCAGCUAUUUUACAAGCAUGCUAUGAUGUUACUAGUGUCGUUUCACCUGUGGUAACGAAUUCUUCACCUGAAGGAAAUCUUUGUGACAAUGAUCACAUGGUGGAUGGAGAAAGCCCCGAGGUGGCUGAAAGUUUCGCACCAAAGGCUCAAAUACUAUUGGUUUGCUGCUGGAGGGCAAUGAAAGAGGUUUCCCUCCUACUUGGGGAAAUAACAAAACGUGCAACAGUUAAGGAGAAAGAUCAAAGCUAUGGUUUGCUUACUUUUGUUCAGUUUGAGGAAAUUGGAGAACUUUUCACCAACAUAUUACUGACAUCAAAACAUAGGGGAGCUUAUGAACUGGCACACGAGGGGUUUGUGAAACUUUGUCACAUGUUAUGGAGAUGUGAACAAAAAGAGAUCCAACGUCUUCCUGAAGUCUUCCUUAAAAGACUUCUUGCUGACAUUUCUUCUGACAAUCCUGCGCCAUGGUUGUGUGGCACAAGAAGAAGCGCUGGAUUACCAUUUUUCUUCAAGGCAAUUGUUACAACAGAGCCAAACACAACUGGAAAGUACUGUUUUAAAUCUGUUAUGAGAGAACUUUUGAUGACAGCAGCAAAGCCUGUCAAUACUGAAGAUUCAGACAAUGAUACAACAUUACCUCAGGUUCACGCAAGGAACAUUCUACGUGCUCUUUACAAGGAGACUAAAUUAGGAGAAGAUGUUUUUCCCUACGUGUCUGACGGUGUUAAAGUUGCAGUAGAAGGAUUUCUCUCCAAAAGUUGGGCUGUUCGCAACUGCUCCACUUUGCUCUUCAGUGCACUGGUUAACAGGAUAUUUGGACCUCAAAGCUUUCAAGAAGAGAAACGUCGACAAGGGAUGACUGGUCGAGAAUUCUUUUCAAGAUUUCCAUCAUUGCAUUCAUUUCUAAUUGAACAACUUGAAAUUUCUCUGAAACAUGCUGACAGUGAGAGCAUUUCAUCUGUGCAUUUGCAUCCAAGUCUUUACCCAGUUCUUCUUCUCUUGUCUCGUCUUCAUCCUUCAGCAAUGGAUGGCAAUGACUCCACUCUUAAUAUGGCCGCUUUUAUACCAUAUGUUUUAAGGUGCUCAAGGAGUUGUGUUCUAAAAACUCGUGCUAUAGCGGCACGCGCAAUUGUACCUCUCGUGUCAGGCGCGGCCUUACAAGAUGUGGUGAAAGAUCUCGUUCAAAGUUUACCAGAAACACCAGAAGAAAGGAUAAAACAGAAUCAUCUCCAUGGUUGUCUGUUGCAGAUAAGAGAACUUUUACACGGCGCUUCUGUUAAUAUGUCUCUUUCAAACCGAACUAAAAAAGACAUUUUCACGACCAUCGCUCCAUUGUUAGCGAAACCUAUUUGGCUCGCAUCAAAACAUAAUCAAUGUGAUAUUAGCCGGGCUGUGUUUCUCUCCAUCGUACGCUUGUUUAUAGAUGAUCAAACCUGGUUUUCUAGUGAAUCACACACAGACCAACUCGACUCGGACAUUUCAGAGGCUUUCCUCCCUUCACUUGAGACAGCUAUUGAGGAAGUUUUAUGGAAUGAAAACGUGACAAAAGUGAUCUUUCCCACUGGGAGAACGCUUGUUGAAGAAGAGAUUGCUCGAAUUGCGUUACAUCCUCAUUAUAACAGUUCGUUAACACAUGACCGCAUGUCAAGAAAAAAAGUUGUUUCCCGUAUUAUGGCAUUUUUGUCCAUGCCGGCGUACGAAGUGAAAAUUGUUGCAUUGGAAGUCUUAUACAAACUAUUUUCAAAAGAUACUGGAAUGUUAUUGGGCAAAGAAAACAGCGAUGUAAUUGUAAAUGGUUUGCUGAUACACAUGCUCGAUUCCAAAAUGAAAGGAGAAUGCUUAGCGAUGCUGUAUAAAUGCCUUUCCCUUGUGGCUCAGUCAUUGAGGUUUCCAUGGGCACUAAAUUCCAAUCGUGUGGUGGAAUUUCACGAGGCCUGGAGUAACAUUGUGCAAUCUUUCAAGACCAUGAAUCACAGAUCAGAUGUUAUGUGUUCACUUCUGCAUUUCUCCUGCGUUCUUAUUAGUGGAAUUCGUCAAGAGACCUUGAACAAGAGCCAAAAUGAAGAUUUUGGUCAAAUGGUAAAAGAUUUGGUUUCAUUUAUUGAAAUGUGCACUGAAAAUGAGGAGGAUGAAAUUUUAAGAUUGGCUGUUGCUCAGGUGCUUGGCUCUGGAAAUGUUACAUUUAUUUUGGUUGAACCUCUUCUUGGAUAUGAAAAUCAAACAUUUCGGAUUUGGAAAGUUCUUAUUUAUUUGUUGAUCGAUGACUCUGUUGAGGUGAAGCAGUCGAUGGCAAGUGGCUUGCUAAAUAUCUUACCGUCUUUUGCACAAGAUAAUUCAAAGAACUACAGUGUGCAUAGUGCAUUGGCUUUACGAUUUGCCGUCAGGACACCGUUGGAAUUAUUUUGGGUACGACAUCCUGUAAUGACCUUGCAGUGGUUACUUGAUCUCAUGGACCAAACACAGACUGAUAUUACUUCCGACGUUUUUGAAGACACAGCUUAUGACGAUAUGAAAAAUAUUGACAAACUAUUCGAAAAAGGACCCGUGAACACGCAUCGCGAAGAUUGUAUAUUGGCGGAAACUAUUUUUCAAGAAUUCUUCGAUUGGGUUGUGAACGCCAAUGGUGCAAAUAGUAUAACCGAACCAAUUUCUGAACUUUUUAUUAUUAUAAAGAAUUUUGUUAGAAAUCAUAUUGCAAACAGCAAUGACAAUCUACCACAGGAUUCUGCUUAUACUGUGCUCUAUAUAACUGUCAUUAGCUUAGGUAUAAUGAAAAUCCUUAUAGAGAAUAGUGACCUGGAGAGGGUGAACAGUGAAGGAGGGUCUGAUGGUCCAGAAAUUUUUACCACCAACCUUUUGUGGUUGCAAGAAUUACGAAAGUCGGACCAGAAACAUUUGUUCGAUCAUUGUAAACUUGUAGAAAUUAGUAAAUAUGUUUUAGGUGAAUCUUAUUAG